AUGGAUUCCACACAAUUCACAGACAGAGCAUUAGAAAUUGUCACUAAUGCACAAAAACUAUGUCAGCAAAACUCCAAUGCCCAAUUAGUUCCAAUUCACUUUCUUGCCUCAAUGAUUCCGGAAAAUGAGUCUCAGCCGAUUUAUUUGAAGACCAUCAUUGAAGGCUCGAGGUAUGAGUGGGAGCCUGUCAAGAGGGCAAUCAACCAGCAACUCUUAAAGUUACCUUCAACACAGGGUUCUAAUAUGGAGCCAGGCAUGUCUGCGUCUGCGGCGAAUAUAAUCACGCAGGCUGAUAAGAUAAAGAAGGUUCAGAAGGAUUCCUAUAUUGGUCAAGACCACAUUCUAUCUGCUCUAUUGGACGACUCGUCAAUCAAGUCUUUAUUCCAAGGAUUGAAUAUCAAGGUGGAUACUUUGAAACAACAAAUUUUGAAUUUAAGAGGUAAUCAAAGGAUCGAUUCUAGGCAGGCAGAUUCGUCUGAAGAAUAUGAAUUUUUGUCCAAAUAUGCAAUUGAUUUGACCGAGCAGGCUUUGCAGGGUAAGAUUGAUCCUGUUAUUGGAAGAGAGGAAGAAAUUAGAAGAACAAUCAGAGUCUUGGCUAGAAGGGCCAAGUCCAACCCUUGUUUGAUUGGUGAUCCUGGUGUUGGUAAGACCUCCAUUGUUGAAGGUGUUGCCCAAAGAAUUGUUGAUAAUGAUGUGCCAACGGUCUUACAAGGUUGUAAAUUGGUAGCUUUGGAUUUAGGUGCUUUAAAGGCAGGCGCCAAAUACCAAGGUGAAUUUGAGGAAAGAAUCAAGGGUGUCUUGAAUGACAUUGAGAAAUCGAAAACUAUGAUUAUCCUCUUUAUUGAUGAGAUUCACAUGUUGAUGGGUGAUGGUAAAUCUGAUGCUGCUAACCUUUUGAAGCCUGCCCUAGCAAGAGGUCAUUUCCAUUGUAUUGGUGCAACAACUAUAACCGAAUAUAGAAAAUACAUUGAAAAGGAUGGUGCGUUUGAGAGACGUUUCCAAAGGAUUGAUGUUAAGGAACCAUCCGUUAGAGAGACUGUUGCAAUCUUGAGAGGUUUGCAGCCAAGAUAUGAAAUUCAUCAUGGUGUUAGAAUUUUGGACUCUGCAUUGGUGACUGCUGCUCAAUUGGCUUCAAGAUAUUUAACCUACAGAAAAAUGCCAGAUUCUGCAGUUGAUUUGAUUGAUGAAACUGCUGCUGGUGUUGCAGUUGCUAGAGACUCCAAACCUGAAGAAUUGGAUUCAAAGGAAAGGCAACUUGAUUUGCUGGAGGUUGAAAUCAAUGCAUUGGAGAGAGAUAAGGAUGCUGAUGCAACUACCAAGGAUAGAUUAAAGCAAGCUUAUAAGAAGAAGCAAGAAUUGGAAGAAGAAUUGCAACCUUUGAGAGAACAAUUCCAACAAGAAAGACAAGGUCAUGAAGAACUCACUGCUGCUAAGAGGAAAUUGGACGAAUUGGAAAUCAAGGCCCAAGAUGCUGAAAGAAGACAUGAUACUGCAACAGUUGCAGAUAUUAGAAUGUUUGCAAUUCCUGAUAUCAAGGCUAGAAUUCUAAAGUUGGAAGAGGAAGUUGAAAAGGAGGAACAGUCUGCCGAAUAUCUCGUCAAGAAUGUUGUUGGUCCUGACCAAGUUGCAGAAACUGCAGCUAGGUUGACUGGUAUUCCUGUUUCGAAGUUGACACAAGCUGAAAAUGCCAAGUUGAUCAACAUGGAGAGAGAACUAUCAAACGCUGUUGUUGGUCAAGGUGAAGCUGUCAAGGCAGUCUCUAAUGCUAUCAGAUUGUCCAGAUCGGGCUUGGCAAAUCCAAAUCAACCUGCAUCAUUCCUUUUCCUUGGUUUGUCUGGUUCCGGUAAAACGGAAUUGGCUAAGAAGUUGGCUGGUUUCUUGUUUGCCGAUGAGCGGGCAAUGAUCAGAAUCGAUUGUUCGGAAUUGAUGGAGAAGCACUCUGUCUCCAAGUUGAUUGGUACAACUGCUGGUUAUAUUGGUUACGAAGAAGGUGGUAUGUUAACCAACCAAUUACUAAGAAAGCCUUAUUCAGUUAUCUUAUUUGAUGAGGUUGAGAAGGCUGCACCCGAGGUUUUGAAUAUUUUAUUGCAAUUGUUAGACGAUGGUAGAAUUACAGCUGCUAAUGGUACUCUAGUUAACUGUUCAAAUGCAAUCAUCAUUAUGACAUCCAAUUUAGGUGCUAACUUUAUUAACAACUCUAAGGUGACAAAGAUCACUCCUGAGAUAAAGGAACAGGUUAUGUCUGUUGUUCGUGGACACUUCCGUCCUGAGUUCCUCAACAGAAUUUCUGCAACAGUUGUCUUCAACAGAUUAUCGAGACAUGCAAUUGCCAAGAUCAUCAAAAUCAGAUUACAGGAGAUUGAGAAACGUUUCGAAGAGAAUGGUAGACAUCUCAAUUUGAGACUUGAUGAUUCUGCUAUGGAAUACUUGUGUAAGAAUGGUUAUUCCGCUGAUUUGGGUGCAAGACCUUUGAAUAGGUUGAUCCAAAAUGGUAUCUUGAACCCAUUGGCUGUCAUGAUUUUGAACGGACAAGUCGAAGAUAAGGAAGAUGUCAAUGUCACUGUUGACGCAAAGGGUUUGAGGGUUUUACCAAACCAUGAAGCUACUAGUGGCAUGGAUGUUGAUGCCGUUGAAGAUUGGACAGAUGAUGCAGAUGUUGAUGAUGACAUGUAUGAUGAAGAUGUCGAAUUGGACUAA